AUGGCGUAUUUUAUUUUAAUUGAUCUCACUGUGUUUUUUCUUCUUAUAAUAUCUUCGACUAAAUUUGAUACUGUGAUGACACAACAAGAAAAUUUCAAUCCUUAUGCUACGAUAUAUAUUUAUUCUGGCUUACCAAAUCCACAUUGGCAGUUAUCACUUGAUGAAUGGCAACAAUUGAGCCAAUUAAUAAACACAUUACCAAAAUUAAUCGAAGACAAUGAAGGUUCUUAUCUUUUUGAUGGUCAUUUAGGUUAUUCUGGUUUUCAUGCACAUUUUUCAAUUAUUUCAAGUUAUCCCGAUAUUUAUUAUGUGUCUAAAAAACAACAAGUUAUUUUAUCCAAUCCUGGUGGACAUAUAAUUUUUAAUGAUCAGCAAAAAUUAGUCGAAAAAUGGUUUAUAAACAGUGCACAACAUCGUAAUAUUCAAUUACCUCACGAAUCUAAUCUAUUUUCUAUUCAACAAUAA